CAACUAAGUUAUAUAUCAUCACGGCAUGUUAACGUGAAUGGCCAUCGUGUCUCACUUAAUAUUGGUUACUUCGAUUUUGAGAUCUUUAUCUACGUAGUAUGCAGUGUGUCAUCAUUUUCUUGCAAUUUUACAUACGUAGGACUUAACUCGUCAUCUGGUUCACCUGUUUUACAAAAUCUGUUGAGGACUUCGGAUCUGAGGUUUCGAAGUAAGCAAUCAGUAUGGAUCAGGAACCAAGACGUAAGGGUCCCAGAAGCCCUAGUGCUGAUUCAGAUGAUUCCUCGCAUAGAAGAAGAAGGAAGUAUGAUCGCUCACCAUCUCCCAGGCGAAGCAGAUAUCGUAGGUCUCGAUCCAGGGACAGAAGAUCUCGUUCGAGUUCUAGAGACAGAAGAAGAAAAGAUUCCAGCAGAUCCCAGGACUGGAAGCAGCAGGCUCCACCAUCUCAGUCGCAGAGCUCUGUGCCCAACCCAAGCAGUUCUACAGGAUAUGUUUCAGCGGUACAUAAUCAAUACCAGGCACCUCCACCAAACACGAGUCAACCACCGCCACCUAUAUCAGCUUAUAACCAGGGAUAUAACAACUAUGGUUACAACUAUGGCUCAGGUUAUGACUACAGUUACCAGCAACCUGCAGGCUAUCGAAGUGAUUAUGCGCCACCCAACUGGCAAGGAAGUCAAGUAUCGUAUAACAACCAACAAGCACCACCACCUCCGUCUUUGACACCCCAGCAAGAAUCAUCGAGACCGAUUGAUAGCGGUUCUUCAAACUUAGUGACAUCCUUAACGAGACCAGAGGAUGUCAAAAAGGAAGCAGCAAUCGCAGCUGAAGUAAAACAACAGAAAGCGACAUUGGGGAAACAACGUGAGGAAUAUGUUAAGAAAUCGACAACAUUGCAACGUGAACUGGAAAUUCUACGUCAACAGUGUGAUGAGAUAGGCAAGGAAGGUGGGCGUGAGAACAACCGUAUCAUAAAAGAAAAUCAAAAGUUGCAGAUCGAGAUACAAAAUAAAAUGAAAUCUAUUCACAACGUCAUCGACAUGCUCACUGGCAUUAUCGGUGACAAAGUCACCGUGGAGGAUUUGAAGAACAAGUUUAAACUAGAAUUAAAACGCUCGAGAAGUCCGAAAGAGGAUUUCCCGAAAGGGAAGUCCCCUUCUCCCGACAGGUCGUCUGCUUCUGAUUCAGAUAAAGAAUCCAAAGCGGAAAGAGAUAUUAGGGAGAGAAGAUCGUCGGAGGAUAAGCCAAUGUACAAUUUCGUACACUACGAUCCCGAAAUGCAUUGGUGUAAAGUCUGCGAUAUCUUUCCUAAGACAGCAAAGGAGUAUCUAAAUCAUCUACAUAGCAAUGAGCACAAAGAGGCAUGCUUAGAACGCAAGAUAGUUGAUAUGCCUUGGCAUGAACGAAAUGGCGAGGGGACAGAAAAGGAAGUACUUCAUUAUCCCGGCCUGCCGACGAAAAGAACACCUAUCAAAGGGCUGCAGUUCUUCAGUGCGGCAACAGCGUGGUACUGCAAACUCUGCGAUUCAUGGAUCGGGGAUCUUCAUUGCGCUAGUUUACAUCUGAAGUCCAAGCGGCAUUCCGAGAACUUCUCUCGGUUCGUGGAACAGAAUCCGCAUUGGGAGACUGAUUGGAUGGCCGAUCGUGAGAAGGCGUUUUCCGAGGAGAAGCACAAACAAAUACAACUGGAGCUGCAGAAGCAAAAGGAGGACGAGCCUCCAACAAAGUCGAAGAAAUCCAAGAAGAACAAGAAGAAGUCGAAGAAAGCCAAAAAACGUAGGAACAGGAGCAGUGCGAGUGAAACAUCUAGCGAGUCGGACAACUCUGACACCGAAUCCGAUCAGGAUACCACCAAGAGUAUACGCGUGGCCAUGCGAAACAAGAUGAAAGCCUCGACGCAGGCGAUUCUGAACGAAGAAAUUGAUUAUCCACGUUUGAAACUGAAGAGCCACUGGUCGAAAUCGGCUGUGCAGGUGAGCCAAUCGCCGUCUUCUGAGCAACACCCAUCGGAAUCGGACGACAGACAACUUCUGAACUCAAUCAGAGAUAAGCUAAAAGCCAAACAAGAAGAGGAGAUAAAGAGCAUCAGCAGCCGCAAAAUAGAUAAGACGAUCGAAGACGAGGAGGAUUUGCAGCAGGAUAAUUUCUCCAAGAAAUCGGAGGAAUUGGAGGCUUGGGGUCCGAAAGAGCCGCCAAAGCCGUUCUGGAUAAAGAAGGACGAAGAGAAACCGCAGCCACAUAUCGUAAACAAGCCGAUCGAGCUGCCGAAGCCAGAGGAAAUGCCUAAGCCGCACAUGGGCUUCUGGACGAAGCAGCAGGUGAACAUGACAGUGAAACCACCUGAAAGUAGCAGUAAAUCAGUGGACAAAGAGGAAGAGAGAGAUCGUGAUAGGGAUCGAUACAAGGACGAUCGCGAUCGCAAGUACAGCAGGUACGAAAGAAGAAGCCGACGUGACCGAGAUAGAGACCGGGACAGAGAUAGGGAUAGGGAAAGAGACCGAGAUCGAGACAGAGAUCGAGAUCGCGAUUACUAUGACGAUCGUCGAAAACGAGACAGCAACGACUCGCCCAGGCGCGAGAGAGGUUGGCGUGACAGUCCCAAGAGGAACUACGACAAAUAUAGCAAGGACAGAAGAGAAGAGAACAAUUCUUCGAAUGAUGAAUCUAAAUUCGAGAAGAAAACGAACGAAUCAGCAUCCAAGUCGAAGAAGAACGUUGUUCCAACGAAGAAGUCCACUCCGCAGGUAUCCAAGGGCAAGCUACCAUUUAUUGGUAGAUUACCGUUAUUUAAGAAGAAAGCUGAGGAGCCGAAAUUGCCGGAUAAAGAUCUCACGCCGUUGCCAUAUCAGCAGAGCAAAUUCGAAGAUACACCGAAGGUGCCCAAUGAGAUCAUCAAUCCUCCUGGUGUGGUGCACAUCACCAAGCUAGCAACUCCAGUGAGCUUAAAUAGUGUAACUCCACCAACAAACAAGGCAAGCCAACCCAUGAAGAUCUUGGUGGCCCCGCCGCCGCCGGUGCUAAAUGAGAGCAAACCGACCCAGCAGGUAGUCGAUAUGGAAAUUGACGAUCAAUCUGAAGAGACAGUUAUAGAGGAGCAACCGAUAGUGGAGCAGCAGAAACAACAACAAGAGUCACCGAGUGUGUCGAAGUUGCCGCUCCCCCCGCAUCCUCCACCACCGCAAUUGAACAGGCCGCCGCCCAGCUACACACCAGCGAGCCAGCAACAGCAACCAAUGCCAAGCAGAUCAGUGCAGAGCACACCUCCGCAGUUUACACCGAAUCGCCCGCCGCCACCGUUUAUGUCCACUCCGCCGCCGUUUGUCCAGGCUCCUCCAAGAUUUCCACCUCAUCAACCGGUGCGGCCGUCCAGUCAAACUAUGCCAGCUUUUAUGACGGCACCACCGCCGCAGUUGCCAAACGCUGCCGCUGGUUUCGUGCCAAAUCAUCAGAACCCGCCGCCACCGCCGCUUCCGUCGGUGGAGGGCGCGGUGCACUCCGAUGUGGCCGAUAUACCGGAGCCAAGUGAGAAGCGACCAGCAGAUCCUAGUAUACCGCUACCGGACGAUCUACAAGAGGCUCUCAACAUCAUUUUCCCCAAGGAAGAGACCGCGGAAACCAAGCAGCAAAGUCACCAAGAGACCAACGUCAUGUACUCAUCUAUGUACAGUAUGCUUGGCUGCGUGGGCUACGGUCCCGAGUACAUGGAUCAACCGCCGCCAGAAAUCAUGCAAGCAGAGGCUGAAGCAGAUACUCAACCUGGUCCAGACGAUCUGCGCAUGUUAGGCAUAGACGAGGGAGAUACGAUACUGUAGAUCAUAGGCACACGCAUUAUCGGUCACGUGCGAUUCUUUAUCUUCGUCGACCGAUAGAGAGCAAUUAAUUUACUUACAAAUUUAUCGUUUACUCGAUAAUAUCUCACGCGAUAAACGAUGUGCAGAUAUUACGACAGUGGCGAUUCGCAAUGUAUUUCGUGUAACGACCUCGACCACAUGAUAAGUAAUGAAAAGGGAGCAAAGGCGGUGUGAGUAUACCCAUUCACACGCGCACACAUAUAGACACAUAUAUAUAUAUAUAUAUAUAUAUAUAUAUACACAUACAUAUAUGUAUGUAUAUAUAUACAUACAUACAUACAUACACACAUUGGAUGCAUAAAAAAAAAAGAUUAAGAUGUAAAGAUUACUUAACAAUAUGCAGUAAAACUUUGAACGAAUGUGUCUGUUAGAUUGUAACAUUUGUUAUUUUGUUAAGAUAAGAUAAUUAUCUCCCUUAUUUCUCGUGGGCGAUAUCUAUCUUGGUAUUUCCGACGCACUUUUAUGCAAUCCUCAUCAAAUCACUUUUUCAUUAUUUGUUCCUCCACAAAGACAUAAUGUCCAGUGGUCUGAAAUUUUGACUACGUAUUAAUACAAGGCUAUAUAAGAGGAAAUAUUACACACGUUCUUGGAAAUACCUACGAUUUAACCAACGAUUUUAUCUUUAUCGUUGCGUUGCGAAGGUCAGAUGAUAAGACAAGAAAUGUAAUGUCAAUAAAAGGAACACACACAUGUCACAUUGUGUCACUCGAACGUAUUAUAUAUUCUUCUUUCAUAUUGCAAGCCCGUAACAUUUAAGCUCGCGUCAUAUAUGUACAAUACCAAACUUUAAAUGUAAAACAAACAUGCCACUACCUUCAUCAUCAAUCGGUUGCGAUUUUUAUACGUAAAGGGUUGUAGUGGCCGCUCAAACACUGGAAUGUAAUGUGUCGUGCGCUCAAAAAGAUACACAGACAACGUUUACCUUCGAAUUAAAACAUCCUUUUUCUAAAGAA